GCGGCUGAAGGGGCGGCCCGGGAGCUGGGGCUGGGACUGGCGGGGGUGGCGCGUCGGCGUUGCCGUCGGUCAUGUUCCCCUUCGGGCCCAGCAGCCCCGUCGGGGUUGAGGAGGAAUUAGCCGGGGAUGACCUGGGCUUCGUGAGCCGAAGCGAGGGGCGGUCGCACGAGGGGAGCGGAGUGGCGGCGUCCGGGCCUGCCUCCUCUCCUUCCUCUCCGCAACCCAGCGACCACUCCUCCAGCCCUCCCCGCGAACCCCGCGAGCCGCGCGACCCCCGCGAUCCUCGCACGCCUUUUCUGACAGUGACCGCCGGCCCGGCGACGGCGGCGACCUCGGCGGCGACUUCGCGCUCUGGGGAGCUCGCGACUGGAGCCAAGGGCGAGCCGAGCCCCGGAUCUCCGCGCGCCCCCCUCGUCCCUUCCUCCCCCCCCGAUUCUCCCACGGCCCACUCCACAGCCGCCGCCGUCGCAGCCUGCCCAUCCGCCUUCACCUUCUUCUCCAGUCGUGUCGCCGCCGCCGCCUCCGGCUCGGGCUCGGGCUCCCCAGAGCCCAAGCGCGGGGGGGCCGGGCCGACAGGACGCCCCGUGGGCAUCCCGCUCUUCCGUUGGCUGAAGAGCCGCAGCCUGGGCCGGGGGCUCUACGUGGACCCAGCCCGAGACAACUUCCGCACGAUGACCAGCUUGUACAGCUCCAUCCACCCUGCGGAUUCGGUGUACCUCAGUACCCGCACUCACGGCGCAGUCUUCAACCUGGAGUAUUCCCCCGACGGGUCAGUGUUGACAGUUGCUUGUGAACAGACUGAAGUUCUUCUUUUUGACCCCAUAUCUUCGAAGCAUAUAAAAACGCUUUCUGAAGCUCAUGAAGACUGUGUAAAUAAUAUCAGGUUUCUGGAUAAUAGACUGUUUGCAACAUGCUCUGAUGACACUACAAUAGCCCUUUGGGAUCUGAGAAAAUUAAAUUCAAAAGUGUGCACUUUACAUGGUCAUACUAGUUGGGUGAAGAACAUUGAAUAUGACACUAAUACAAGACUCUUAGUUACAUCAGGAUUCGAUGGAAAUGUCAUCAUUUGGGACACUAACAGGUGCACAGAAGAUGGAUGCCCACAUAAGAAAUUCUUUCAUACACGCUUUCUUAUGCGGAUGAGGUUAACGCCAGACUGUUCCAAAAUGCUGAUUUCAACCUCUUCUGGUUAUCUUCUGAUUUUACAUGAUCUUGACUUAACAAAAUCUUUAGAGGUUGGAAGCUAUCCAAUUUUGAGGGCAAGAAGAACUACAUCGAGUUCAGAUGCGGCUACUUCUCCAAGUUCAUCUACGCCUAGAACUUCUGGUUCACCUUGUCAUCAUAGUGAUUCUGGUUCAUUAUCUGACAAAAAUGUGUCAAGAUCCUCUCAACGAGAAGGUGUGUCACCUCGUAAUAGUCUUGAAGUUUUAACACCAGAAGUUCCUGGUGAGAGGGAUCGUGGUAACUGCAUUACAUCUUUACAACUACAUCCUAAAGGUUGGGCUACUCUUUUACGGUGUUCUAGUAAUACAGAUGAUCAGGAGUGGACCUGUGUCUAUGAAUUCCAAGAAGGGGCUCCAGUACGACCCGUCUCACCUCGUUGUUCUCUAAGAUUGACUCAUUAUAUUGAGGAAGCUAAUGUAGGCAGGGGGUACAUCAAAGAACUUUGUUUCAGCCCUGAUGGUCGAAUGAUUUCUUCUCCACAUGGCUAUGGGAUCCGCUUAUUGGGAUUUGACACUCAGUGCAAUGAACUUGUUGACUGCUUACCCCAAGAAGCUAGUCCUUUGCAGGAAAUUCGUUCUCUCUACUCUCACAAUGAUGUGGUUCUGACAACCAAGUUCUCUCCUACACAUUGUCAGAUUGCCUCAGGGUGCCUUAGUGGACGCGUAUCUUUGUAUCAGCCAAAGUUUUAGGCACAACUGACAUCAAAAAAGGAAUUCUUCUGGUGUUGGACUUCUAAAUUACUUCAGUUUAGGUGAAGUAUUUUCUUUAUAGAUCUUGUAAGUGUAAGGAAUCCUCAUUCCUAGGGGUCCAUGAACAUCCUAACAAUGACAUAGGAGUACUCAGUCUAGCACUGGAUGUUUGAUACUACAUCUCUAAGUCAGACUCUAUGCAUUGUCUUUCCUCUUCAGCAUUCCUCUGCUCCUGCUGAUCCUGUGCCAUUGUUCCUCUGGUUAUGUUGCACAGUAGCUCUUGUCAGGACUUUUCUUUGGGUGUGACUCUUUGUAGACAUUGGGCAGGAUUUUUGGUUGGGGUAGAAGAAAACUGGUCCUAGUACCGAAUAAAACCUAGAACUUUGAUGUUGGCAUAUUGGUUGUUACAAGCAAAAUUUUAUCUUGUCCAUUCAUUUGGCCCUUUUAAAUUGCCAUUAUUUCACUAUAAAGACUAGAUAAUGAAAAUGUUCUCAUACGUAUUAGAUUAGAUUUUAUCAUAAUGACCUUUGAAGUUUAUUAAAAUUGCUAUACUAGUUUUCACAACAUGAGGGAUUUUGUUUAUUGUAAAAUACUAGAAAAAUGUUGUCAUGUCUCUGUAAUUUGUUUCCUUUGUGUGAAGUUAAAUUGCUAGUUUCCUUACUGUGUAUACUUGUUUUUAUUGACAGCUCUGAGAAGUGAAGAAAGGGACUUUUUCCAGUGGUGCAAAAAAAGGUUCUGCUGGCUUAGCAGAAAGCAUUUAUUAUUGAGAUGGGAGAAGCAUCAUUUAGACACUUCUGUCAUCUUCUUUGCUGCAAUCUAUAUAGUGUAGUAGAAAUUGUUAUACUACCUGGGGCAAAUCAAUGAGUAAAAAUGCCCUCUCUUACUCUGCUUUCUUCCCUUAUUCCCAUUGGGGAAAAUUGUGUGUAAGAAUACUGAGUUCUUUGAGAACUCUUAAUUUGUUUCAUUAGUGUUAUAUUUGUUAGUUGAGAACUCCAGCACUAUUUCCAAGCUAAUUGUCUAGUUAUGAUAUUAUUGAUAUUGUGACUGUAUUGAAUGAAAUGUAACAUAAGAGCACAUAUUGAAUAGGUUUCAUAUUUAAACAAGGGCUGGAAGUCCUUUCCCCCUUUUUCUUUUCCCUCCUUCCUUCCUUUUCUUCUUUUUUUUUUUAUCAUGGGCCUGAAAAUCAUUGGCCUACGAGCAACAAUCAAGGGCCAUCCUCAAGAAAUGACAAUUAUUCACAGGUUGCCAUGCCAGUGCAAACAUCCUCUCACCCACUGUUAUUGCUAAGUAACUAUCAUUGGUACUUGCAUGUAUUAAAAUAUUACUUUAGUAGAUCUAUAUUUGUAGAAUACUUGUGAAGAGUUAAGAUUAUAAAUUAAGUAGUAGCUCAGGCCUAGCUCUUGAACCAGAGAACACAUAUCCUAGCUUAGGCAGUAAACUUCAGAACUACAAAAAUAUUGAUAUAGUUAUACCAAAUGAAGCCAGUUUCAAAACCUAUUGAGCCAAUCUGAUUCUAAGAAUUUCAUUCAUAAAGAGAAAAGGGUAUUUUUUUUUUGUAUCUUAGUAUUUCAGUAAUCAAUAUAUGUGACAUUUCUUAAUAAGCCCUUAUAACCAAUCAUUCAAAUGUACAAAUGUGCCUCAUUUUAGCCAGUAGAUACAUUCCUCGUAUUUUGGGGAAAUUUCUGUCCACUUAAUCAUUUUCUCACUGAUUUGUAUUAUAUAAUUGGGAGAUGCUUUUCUGUAGAAAAAUGUUGCCACAAGAAAUAAUAAAAACCACUCUUGUGCAUGCAGAGAAUCUCUUUAUGUAAUAUAUUUAGAGAAAAAUAAUUGGGGGGGGGAGGGGGGGAAGAUCCUUAGACAAUACUACUAGCCAAAAUAAAUGAAACCACAAAAUGCAAUUUAUUACAUGGAAACUUUAAGUAUCAUACCACAAAUUGUGUCCCCUUGGGACAAAUUCAUCUAGGAUAAAGCUGUCAAGUCAUGUUCCUUGGCAUUUUACAAUUCAUUUAUUGGCUCUCUCAGUAAAGAUAAUUAUUGGGUUUUAAGAACUAAAGGUUUUUUGAGAUUUGAAAGGUUUUUGUCUUAAGGUGGAUGGAUAGUGGCUGUUAGUGACUGUCAUGCAAUUUAGUAUCCUUAGAAGUUCGUUGUGGAAAGUGUUGGCAUAAUUUUCUGCACAGGUGGGUUAUCAGGUACCCACUAAAGACUCUUCUCUUAUGUUUUAUUACCUUGAGCAUGAAUUCCACUUGUGGCAAAUUAAAUCUUCUUUAAUUGGGACACAAUUUCCUAACAAAUGCCUCAAGGAAUAAGUAGAUGUUAUAUAAUGAAAGUGGAGAUAAGCCCCAAAUAAAAAAUUAAAAUUUUAAGACCUGCUUAGACUUUGUAGAUCCUAAAUUUUGUUAAUAAUGUUCUGUAAUGACUGCACAGUAACCAGCAUGUAUUAAAUAGAAAAAGAAAACAGCAUAAGGAGUGUUGUACUUUACCUAAAGCAAUGAAUUUUUUUUAAUUUCUAUAAUUUCUAUUUCAAGUUAAUUUUUUUCAAAUUAGUUACAUCUUAUAGUAAUAAAAAUUCAAUCUGUUGUUAUUUCAUGUUAAAUCUAUUCAUUUUUAUUCAUAAUAGGUUAUAAAACUUAAAGGUAUAUUGAGAAUAUUCCACUUUUAAAUAUCUUUAUAGUCCUCAUCAGCUUACUUAAAAGUCAUGAUACGGUCUAUUAUGAGACAAAACUUUUGGGCUUUGUUGAGGGUCCUGAGUAUAAACAAAUGUAUACAUAACUGCCUGCAUUCAGGGAUAGAGAAGUGGGUGGGAAAUUCAGUUUUAAUGUGUGUAUAAUAUAUUUAACCUAAGGUGCUAAAGUAUUUUUUCAUUUGUUCUCAAGCUAUUCCUUGGAAAGGUAUCAAUAUUACUUGAUAACAUUUUACUAUUAGGGGGACAAGUAGAAAAAUGUUAUUAAAUUAGUCAUUCAUUGGUAGAUUUUACUCUGGAAAAAAGAUCUUUUUCCCCCCUACUUGGUUUUAUUUUCUAGAGCAGAUAAUAAAGGAGGUACAGAAACAUUCUAAUAGUUGAUGACAAUCAAAUAUUUGUGAGCUAACAAUAAAUGAUGUGUAAAAUUAUGUACCUUAACCUAUAUCUUUCCAAGAAUGAAUUAUUAUACACAAAUGAAUUUUCCAGGUAAAAUUUAUGUCUUUCAAACAUUACUCUGGAUUAAAAACUUCAUUAUAUUCAGGAUCAUUAUGAAUGUCAGUUGUUGAACAGUAAUGUUCUUAGAAGAUGAAUAGAAUUGUAAGCCACUAUGAUAAAUGACCAUGGACUUAAGAUUGUGGUUUUUUCAGUUGUCUUUUUUUAGCUGUUGGUGUUUGCCUUGACCAUUAAAAAAAAACAAAAAAAAAAACCUGCUUCUAAACUACUGUGAGCUGAAAAAAAGAGAACUAAGGCACUAAGCUUGCGUUGUUAAAAAAAGCAGCUACAAAAUUAGAUCUGGACUCUGUACAUAAUCUUUAAUGUUAGUAUAUACACUAUAUAGAGCUCUGUUUUGACCAGUAGUAGUUACCUCCGUAUUUUUCAUAGUUCUUAAUAAUAAUGAUAAAUUAAGUUUUUUGGGAAUCCAGAUCUGGCUAGUUUUCUCAUGUGUAAACCUAAAUGUUCACAUAUGCAAGAAUGAAGGCUAAAUAUAUUCCAAAAUAAAAAUUAUAAAACAAAAUCAGAAAGAACUGGAUUUGGAGUCAGCAACCUGAACUUGAAUUCCAGCUGUUACUACCUAUGUCACCUUGUCCAAGUCAAUCUCUGGUCCUUAGAUUCCUAAUCUUUAAAUGAGAAAAUGAAGGCAUUGAACAAGAUGGUCCCUUUUAAAUCUAAAUCUAUGAUAAACUGAGUCUGAGGUUGUAUAAAUGUAUUUCAUGAUUUUAUAAAUAUGGAAAAAAGAACAAAGUACAACUAGGAAUUAUAUGUCUGAUUAGAAUAAUAUUGAAAACUUUCCACAUGUAUAAUUGCAUCCUUAAGACAAAACUUUUUAAGUCAUCAUCUUACCACCUGUAGAUAGUCUUUAUACUAAACUACUGAGCAUUAGUAGAAGCACACAUUUAAAUGCCAUUGCAGUGCAUCAUGCAAAUUUGUGACUUCAUGUUUUUCCUUAUAUAUAAAAAUGUUCUGAAUUUGAAUGGUUCUUAAUGCUUAAGAUUUACUUAAAUGCAGGCAUUUGGAAAAAAAUUCAUUUUACUUACUUUUGUGCACAGCAGAUAUAAAUAUAAACAAAACCUGAAAAUUUCAUCCAAGAAUAAGCGUGUGUGUGUGUGUGUGUGUGUGUGUUAAUUUGGUCCCAAAAUGCCUUUAGGAAAAGCAGAAAGAAAUGCUAUUUCUUCAUAUUCCAUAAUUGACUUUCAUUUUAAAGACAAAAAAAAAUGCAUAAGACUUAAACAGUUAGCUUCCUGUGUGUGUUUAUGUAAUUAUUUAUCCAUUUAUUUAUUUAUUUAUCUAUUUAUUUGUCCUAGCCUGCCUUAGGCAGGCUCCUUCCCUUCAUAAAGCCAGACUUAAUGUGGAUAUCAGAUAGCUUAACCCAGUCCAAUUUACUUCUACAGAUUAUAUUUACUGAUAAUAUUCUUAUUUAUGUUUUGGAGCCAUAAUGAUUUUUAGUGCUUUAGGAUUUUAAAAUCAACAAAACCAUUAUCUGACAUCAGGUUCUCUUGUGAAACUUAUAAUUUGCAAAAUGUUUACUAGAAAAAUCAGUUUUGGUCAUUUAAAAAUAGUUCUUGAGGUUUUAGUAGAUUUUAUAUGGGAUUAAUCUUUAUUAUAACUUUGGAAAACACUAGAUAUUUAUAUUAGAAGUUAGGAAGUAGCUGUACUUCCCUGGCAUACUUUUUGAGUCUGGCUGGCACAUUCUGAGCUUGAGUUUGUUGUGUUCAUAUUCUCAGCUUAGAAAUAAAAGGCAACUGAAUAUGUAGUUAAAUUCUACCUCAUAAUAAUUAUAUUCUACCUCUUUCUUAAUUGAAAGAAUAAAACUGUAAAGCAUGGUUUUUUAGGUUUAACAACCCAGGGGUACAGUUUUAGCUCAGAAGAAACCAGUAGGCAUUACGAACUAAUAAGAAGCAGUAUAGUUUAAUUUUAGUGGAGUGUUUAUGUGGUGUUUCUAGGAAAUAUUUUAUAUUAAGAUAAGUUAUAUCUUGAUUUUCUGACCACUUACAGAUUUACUUGCAUAAAUCAUUCCUUGUAUUGUGUGAUGUACUUGCUUUUUCCAAUAAUUCACCUCUCCAUAGCAUUUCAGGCUUACAAAACACUUCUUACAAUACUGUGAGUUGGGUAAUCCAAGUAUUAUUUCUACAUUACAAAGACAAGUCCAGAAAGGAUAAGGAACUGGCUCAGUUUCAUACUAGGGUCACAGAUAGGUAUCGUUUUCUUAUUCAUUUAGAAAAGUUGUUGUAGUUAUAUUUAUACUCUACUGAAGUGAAAUUUUCUAUUUUCAGUUUAUAUGAUUGAUUUGAUUAUAGAGUUUUGUCAGCAUAUUACAAAAGUUUGAAACUCCCAUUGUGAAAUAAGGAUAAAGCAAGGGUGAUUUUGUGGUUUUUUUUUUUUUUAAAACAGUUCUAAGGCCUCAUUUUUCAUGGGAUUUUUUUUUUUUUUUUUGGUGGGGUGGUGUUGAUUCUGGAGGAUUAAAGAAUGGUCAAUAGAAUGGAAGUUCAUAUGUUCAUAGCAGUAUUAUGUAUUAGACUCCAAAAGAAAGAAGAGUCAAGUGUCUGUAUAGUUUUAAGUCUCCUUCCAUAUCUGUGCCAAGAUGUGUGCCUUGCCACAUCUCAACAAUAAAAGAAAUCUAGACACUGGCAAUUAAAAUAUUAAUUAUUUAGAGAGGAACAGCCAUAACAUUAGAUGAGCAAGGCUGAAAAUAACAAUUCUACAACUGAUUUAAGAAGUUGGUGCUGGUUUGGGCUUAUCUAACUUUUAGAGGAAAAUUCUUUAAUUGCUCUUUGUUGCUACUCUUAAGACAAAAGAUUAGAAUAGCAUUUCUGAUAUUGUUUAAUAUGGAUAUUAAGCUACUGAAUAGCUAACCAGUUGUUAUGACUCUGUCUUUGAACACAAAAUAAUCUAGGAGCCUAUCAUUUAAAAUCCUAAAGCACUGCUAACACAAAAAUGAUUCUGAACCUAAUGCUUUUCUUAAAAAUCUUAACAGUGGUUUGAACAAUACUAGUUCAUUUUACAGAAAAAUGGAAACAUUUAAAAUUAUAUCAGAGCAUUAAAGAAAAUAAAACAUUAGAACUUUUAGUCAUACAAUUAAUAAACACUGAAAUUACAUUCUAUUCAAUUAGUACUUUUAUUGGGAAGGAGGUAGACAAGAUAUCACGUUAAAACAGAAAAUUGUGCUUCAAGUUAUAUAGAAGAGUGACAAAAUAUUGGAUUUGUUCUGAAUAUUUUUUUAUUUAUUUCUAAGCAAUAUGAAGUUCAUUUUUUUAAAAACUAAAAUUUAAUACUCAAAACAGUGCAAUUAAUCUGGGUAUUUCAUUAGCACAGGUAGUUUUAGGCAUUGCUAGACUGAUGGUUUGAGUAGGUAUCUCUUCCUAAGCAAUUUGGAAACCACAAGUAAAUUUACUUACUUCCAUAUCCAAAACCCCAAAGCAGAAAAUUUACCUAUCUUGUGACCUACCCUCAAAUUUGGCAAUCUUGGGGAAUGAGGGAGAUUUGUAGUGAGCUUUCCUUCUAUAAUCUGCUUUAAUUAGUCAUCAGUUUUGAAAUGAAUAAUAUUCUUUUGCAAGAUUUGUGAAAUAAUUAGAACUCAUUAACCAAUCUGCUAGAGACAUUAAUUUGGAACUAGGGAAUACAACCUCCUUAACUGGGAAACUUUAUUUUUGCAAAAUUUACUAAAAUAUUUUCUGAUGCCAGCAACUACCUACUUUUUAUUUCAAGGAUUCACUGGUAUUUUGCUAAUACCUGUUUUAUUAUCUUAAGGUUUGAAAAAAAAAUUGCCAACCUCUGGUAAUUAAAGUCUUUGAACUUGGACCUUGAUCAACACACAUCAAUGGGCCAUGCACAAAAUCUUUCUAAUUGUAUAGGAUCUAUCAGAGCCUUAUGCUUACCUUUGCUCUGACUUUUUUAACAAAUCAUUUCCAUAUCACUAUGAAGCAUGUACCCAUCAGUGGAAUAUUAAUAAUGGAUUAUUUACUUGUUUUUCUGUAGACUUAUGCUCUCUCUUAUAAUAGCUAAUUUAACUUAAGUCAGGUAGAUAGGUAUGAAAAAAGUUAGUCCUUGAAUUAAAAAUUUCAUCUUUUAUAUAUGUCACCUAAUCAAGGCAGAGUAUAUUUCCUUUCACCUGACUUGUUUCUUGUAUUGUUAACAUCAGCUAUGCUAUUUGAUCAAAUUCUUAAUAACUUUCCGGAUCAGUGUGACUAAAUGUUAUAUAAAGUCUCUUCACUUAUGGUUUUAAUUAUUUUUCUUGAGUGAAAGUGUUUCUCAGGCACUUUUGCUUGUUUGAGCCCCUUGCCCAAAUCAAGCAUUUAAGUAGUGUAUUUUGACAGUACACUCUUGUCGGAGUACCAAUACAAAUGACUUGUUCUUGUAUUGUUCAGUCAGUAGCCAUGUUCAUUUCUGGUUAGAAUUUCUAGAAGUUCAUUUCUUGGUUAGAAUUACAAGCUAAAAAAAAACAAAAACCAUCAGCCAGAAAGCAAAGGCAGUAACCUUAUUGGAUAUGGAUAAAAAUAUUCAAUAAACAGGUUGUUUGUAUUUAGAUUUUUGUAUAUAAGACAACCAACUUAUCACCAAGUUUAAAACUACUUACUCAAGGUACCUAAGAUCAUAUUAGAAAUCUCAUCUACAUCAAAUGGUAACCUAAGUUUCAGUUUCUUUUCCAUAUUGAGUUUAAAUUAUUACUCAUGGGAAUCACUUCUUUUAAAAUUAUUUCACUAUGUGGUGUCUUUCAUAGUGCUACACCUCUGGCAUCUAUACUUUCCUGCCACUUAAUCUUCUUUGACCUUUACAGAGGAAAGGUAAAGAAAUAGGGAUUCAGCAAGGAGGGCUAAAAAUGAAGCUUGAAAACUUAAGCAUAUCCACACUUCACUGGUUCUUUGCUUAUUUCUUUAAAAAGGGUUAAAUACUUUUACUAAUUAAUUUUCAAUAAAAUCCUGUGUAACAAAUCAGUUUAUCAAUUUAUAUGUCAACAUAACUAGUUUAUUAGUUUAUUUUCUGCAGUUUGUAAUAAGCAGAAGGAAACAGGAAGGUUAUAGGAUCAUUUUGCUCACAAGAAAUGCUGAGUAGUAAAUAUUCUAAAUGGCAAUCGUUUGCCUUUAAUUAUAGAAAAUAAGAAUCUAGAGAGGUGCUAUGCUUCAAACUAAGAUUUAAAAAUGAAUGACCUUCAUAGCAUUGCUUAUAAUACAAAUGCUUACUUUAAAGAAUAUUCUCUCCCUUCACUUGAAUUGAAAGAGGCAUUGAUGAUAUCCUAAAAACUAAUCUCCUUUUAAAACAUCCCAGCUGAGUAGGUAUUGGCCUGACUGCAGAACUCCAUCAUGGAAAAUUUCCUCUCAGGAGACUUGGGCUUGAAUUCAUUCUUCAAACUCUUACUCGUUGUUCUUCUACAUAGUAUUAUAGUCUUCUGGGACCAAACAAAAACAAAUCUCUCCUUUUCCUUGUGGCAGUCCUUUCAUAUAUUUGAAAUUAUCAGCUCUGACCCUCUUCCUCAUCUUCUCUUUCCCAUUAUAAUAAACAUCUCCAGUAACAAUCUCCUGUUAUUAUUAACAGUUCUCUAUCCUGAUGUCUCUCUUUUGGAUGCACCGUGUUGUCAGUGUCCUAAAAUCUAGUGAAUAGACCUAAACACUAAAGAUGUGAACUUGCUAGAGCAUGAAGUCAGGAUGAUCAUUGCCCUUACUCUGGGGUACCAUAUUCUUAACUAAAUUUGAUUGGAGUAGGGUUUUUUUUGGUUUGGGCUUCUACAUGAUACCGUCUAUUCAAAUUAGGGUUGCAAUCAGUAACGUAGUGAGGUGUUUUUCACAUGAACUGGUGCCUAGCUUUAUCUUCCUCAAUUUGUGCAAAUGAUAAAAAAUCCAAUGUAGUGCUUUACUGGAUGGAUCUAUGAUCUCUUCUGUGUGGGUACUGCCUUACAGCAAUGCAAAUCCCAACUUAAUCCUUAUCUGCAUAUUCUAUGUGACUGGCCCAUCUUUUCCUCUGUGGGCCUUAAACUUGAUGUUGGCUUUGCUCUUGCUACAUGACAGGCCUGUAUUUUUCCUAGCCAUGUUAUUUGUCCAAUGAUAUUUCUUUCCAUCCUUCUGCACAAUUCACUUGUUGAUUUGUUGCUUGUUUAUGCUUUGUCCCUUUUCAUUACCUUUUCAGUGAUCCUCAAUUUCCUAAAUCUUCAGAAAUCAGCCAUACAGUAUCACCAGGAGAAUACUGUCUUUAAAAAUGGGUCUUUGUUUCAGCAAGAAGUUUGGCAUCAGUGAAAAAAGCAUCUUACAUUUCUCAAUUCAUUCUAGCCUGCUUUGCUCUUGUUCAAUUAUAGAUGGGGUUCAUGGUCCAUUUACAGCAUCUGUCCAAGAUAAAUGGAUCAAUUCUCUGGCCUGUCUAAUCAUCUGUACAAUCAUUCUUGAUCCAGUUGUUUUUUUUCUUGCAUUUUAAAAAAGUGGCAUUUUCCUGUAUUGAAUCAAAUGCAUUUUUAUAAUCAAUAAACAGUAAGCACAAUGA